AUGGUGUGGGAUGCUGCUGUUUUGCCUGCCAUUCUUGCCAGAGUCUGGUGACCCUGGAUGUUGCUGGCAGAGUGUACAAAUGCUCUCUAAUCUGCCCCAUGCUGUUAGUCAGUGGGACUGCAGCAAGCAGCUGAUAAAGCAAGGAGGAUGAGCUAACUCCAAUGCUGAUCAUGGAGCAAUGCCUUCCUUGGUAGUGUAGCUAUAUCAGGAAGAGGAUGGUUGACUGUGGCCUGAGUUGGUUCAGGUUUAGUAACAUCUGAGUAAGGUUGUGUUCCUCCUUUAUACUGGGACACCAAGGCUGUGAAUAAUGAAUGGCUGGAGUGAUGUGAGCUCUUGUUUCUGGUGAGGAGAGAUUCUGAACAGUCUAACUGAAGGUCCUCUCUGACUGCUGGAGAAACUUUGGUUGGAAAGGAUUUCUGGAGGGCUCCAGGCCAAAUUCCUGCUUGAAGCGAGGUGAAAUUUAACAUUAGAGCAGGUUGCUUCGGGCUUUGUUCAGUCUCAUGAAUAUCUCCAAGGAUAAAGAUUCCUCUACUGCCCUGGGCCUGAAGGGAGCCUGUCUCUCUCCAUGGGCUUUGCCACAGGGAUUGAAGGGACUGUUUUGAGCCUUUCAUGUGGAUGUGAGCUCAGCCUCUGACUGGCUUUGUAGCUCUGAGCUGCAAUGUCCCCUCAGCUUUAGGGUGCCAAGUGUGAGAAGCAUCUGCCAUUCUGUUGACGGCUGCCAGAGAUGCCGGAGGGCCCGUCAGUGAAGAAGUUCCAGCUGCUGACUUCCCCUUUUGUGGGACAAGUAGUGACCAAGGUGGGGGGAAGCAGUCGGAAGAUCAACGUGAAUGAACUGAAAGCACUGAGGCUCCAGGACUCUCGGGUUCAUGGGAAGAACUUGUUCCUGGCAUUUGUGGCAGCUGGAGGUCUGCUAGGACCAACUGUAGAAGAGCUAGCAUUGCAAGGAGAGGCUUGUAGUGGGGCAAGUUCUCCUGCCCAGGAGGGACAAGAGCAGGUUUGUGCUCCGCAGAUAGGCCUCCCAGAAGAGGAGCUUCAGGAAGUCCCACACUCCAGAUCUGAUGCCCCAGAUGCAGGGGAUCCAGGCAACUGGCUGCGUGUCCAUUUUGGCUUGUUUGGCAGCAUUCGGGCAAAUGAAUUCUCAAGAGCAAAUAAAGCCAAUAAGAGAGGGGACUGGAAGGACCCUGUACCCAGGCUGGUUCUGCACUUUGAGAGUGGGGGCUUCCUUGUUUUCUACAACUGCCGAAUGCACUGGUGCUCUUCUCCGAUGGCUGAUCCUGCUUCUGACAUCUUGUCUGUGGAGUUCCACCGUGGUCGAGCACUGGAUGCCCUCAGGAGACCUGAUCCUGUCUGCUACACUCUCUUAGAUCAGAGAUAUUUUUCAGGGCUGGGGAACAUCAUUAAGAAUGAGAUUUUGUACCUGGCAAAGAUUCAUCCAUUAACACAGGGCUCUCUCUUGGCUCUCUCGGAUCUGGAGCGUCUGCUUGACUACGCCAUUCAGUUCAGCUCUGACUGGCUGCAGAGCAAGCUGCGUGGGAAAGGGUUGCACCCUCAGAUCUAUCAGAAGGAGCAGUGUCCCCUUGGGCACACAGUGAUGAAGGGAACCCUCGGACCCUUGCAUGGCUUGAAGAGACUGACUUGGUGGUGUCCUCAGUGCCAGCCUGCAGUGCCCUCAGGGAGUGGGGAUCCUUCCUCAGUCACCAAGUGAGCUGCCUUUCUGAUUCCAGUCCAGAUGGUGUCUCAGUUGUUGUGAGAAGGGCUUUAUGGUUUCUCUGUUAAGGCUGUUCCUUAGGAACAGUGAGUUGGCAGAGGUAAGUGCUCCUUAGAGGUUACAGGAGUCUCCAGAGUAUCUCGUACCUCUGGAUGCAAGAAGGAAAGUGGUUGUGCACUUCUUUUUUUGUUGUUGCUUGUCACAGUAACACAACUGCAUAAAUAGUUUAAUGGGUUUUGAGGUGUCUUGGUCCCUGUAUGCAGACUGUGAACUGCAGUUUGUUUUGUUAUUUGAGCAAGCUUCUGGGCAAACCAACUUGCUGGGUAGAAAUGAGUCAGAAGAAAUGGAGCCUGCCUUCUUGGGCUGUGGCCACCUUACACCCAUCAUCUGAGUAGAGGCAUUUGUAUGAUCACAGGGACUAUCAAACAGCUGAAGGACUGAAGUUUUCCUGUUUUCAGUUGGAUGUUUAGGGAUGUGAGGCACCUCUGCUAAUUGUGCCAGUGCCUUGCUGUCUUGACCCGAAGGACAUAGGAUGCCUGUGGAGCCCAUCUUUUCCCUAUGCUCUUUGGCUUCUGACAGUGCAUGGAAAGCUUAGGGCUUUGAGCAAGUGGCCUGUUCUGCUUUCAAGUUACCUUACAGAUCAUGAGUUUCAUGCACUCCCUGGUCUAAAUACUGUUAGACACCCACCACAUUUGUCAGACUUCUGAUACCAGUUGUUACUCGUGACAUCACCAAUGCCUCACAGUCCUCCCUGAAGAGCCACUGCUAUAAUCUGUAAAAACUAAUUAAUAUUUUCUGUGAUAUAGAGGGAUGGGAUUGGCAAAAUUUUGUCACAAAAACGCAGCUUCCAAGGACAGAGACUGUGACAAGCAAGUCGAAGUGAGCUGUACCAAGCACUGCUGCAGUGGUUUAUUUUCACCUGUUGGAAAGAGGCAGCUGUUCCUGUAAGGGCUGGCAGCACACCGAUUCACAGCCUAGCAUGGUAGUGUUCAGCUAUAACGACAGAGACAGGAUUAUCUAACAUACUGAAUUAAGAUGAAGCUGUUCAGGUAGAGGAAUAUACUCCUUUCUGCUAACUUUGCCAGGAAUUACUGCAUCUGCAGUAGGGUCAGUAGACAGAGACACUGUAAAUCACUGUGACUUACAUUGCCUCUGUUUAAAGCUGAGGUAUAAGCACCAUCAGAAGAGACAUACUGCAGUUACAGGGCUGAAUACAACCACUUCUGUUAAUUCCAGUUUUUACUUUUCACUUGCAAGACAACAAUCAGUUGUUUAAAAAAAAUCCCAGAUGCAAGGAGGGGACAGCAACAGCUUUUGUCUACUGAAGCUCCAGAGUUUCAUACCUCCCUUUAGAUGACUGUACCAGCAGCUUCUCUCAGCUGCAACGGUGAGGAAGGAGGGAUAACUUUUAUGGAGAUUUCAUCUAAAGAUGGACUGCAAAUAAACUGGAAGCACUGGAGUUCAAGACCCCUGUGGUCAGUCAUUCCGGUGGUUGCAGGGUAUGUGCUUGGUGAACAAUCCCAUUGAUGGGGUAUGGUGCCCAAAAAGCUGGUUAAUACUGCUUCUGAGUAUAUCCCGCAAUGUGGCUUUCAGGUUAGGUCCAGGCCUGAGAGGCUUUUUAAUAAAGACAAGUUGUUAGCUGAAAUGGAGGCUGGAUGAGCUCAGCCUGGAAAUGAGGCAUGA